CUGUGGUUGAUGGACAGUUGACUCAUGACGGCACCAGCCAUCUACUAUUGAAAGUAGGCUACUUGAAGAGGGCAGCGGGUUAGUAGGUCAAAACAGAAAAUGGAGUAGCUGUGUGUUUCGACAGAUUUAAGCAAAACAAUUUUUAAUACAAAGAACGGGGAAAAUGCCAAGUUCACUUUAAUAUUUCGUCGGCGCAGAGCGGAAGGACUAAAAAGGAAGUUGGGAAAGCAUACUUGCUUGUGAUUGGCCCUUUAAAUGAACGACAACAGAAACGGUCCAAUCAGAGCUUGUUGCGAAGGUAAUUCCGUCGCAUGUGAGUGGGAUUUUAUGAAUUAUGCAAAUUUGAGCAGUUGUUCCCCUCCUCGGAUGAGAGGCUAGAUUCAGGAUAGCCGAGGAGUUUUGUUGUUCUUAAUCAAAUCUGAAAGUUUUUUUGUCGUUGCUACGGAGUAUAUCAGGCGAGGAUGACUCGUUUUGCUUUGCGUGAUUCAAUGGCGGCGCUGCAUCUCUGAAUUAGGAUGUUAUAGGCCAGGAAGUCAUGAAAAGCCGGUAGUGUUUAAGUGCAGCAAACAGUUUCGCCGGUCGGGGCUGCUCUUUGUCUGACAGAGAGAGUAGUCAACGCGUGCUCUUUUGUUUGGGGUUUUGUCUUUGUUUAACUGCAAACGGGCGAUCUUUGUUCUCGUUUAGGCCUCUCGAGGUUGAAAUAGUUGUUUUGAAACAUGCACCACAUGAAGAAAUAUUUCACAGAGGGACUCAUUCAGUUUACGAUACUGCUGAGUUUGAUAGGAGUUCGCGUGGAUGUCGACACCUAUCUGAGCGGCUACUUCUCGCCGUUGAUAGAAACAGACGGAGGGCCGAGCUCGGCUUUCAUACAGACCCCGUUCCACCACUACCGGGACACCGCGGCGGGCCAUCAGGUGCAUCCGAAAUGUCCCGAGCUGGACUAUUUUUUCACCAGCCGCAGGCUCUUGAAUGAAGUGCGUGCGCUCGGGUCUCCGGCCCGCUUCCCCACUCGUGUCAGCGCGUGGCUGGUGCACCUGGUGCCUGAAGACGGCUCUGAUGCAGGUGAGCCACACGACCUGUCGGUGGACCCUGGCGACGACGAGAUAAGUGCCGAAAACCACCGGGAGGAGAACGAGCACAGGGCUGGAGAGGGCUACGGUCUGUCAGUUUCUCAGGACCUCACUGUUUCCAGGCCUUGUUGUGCAGCUGGAGAACUUUCCAAAGAGGAAACUUUACUAAACCAAGUGAAUGAGGAGGAGGAGGAGGUUAAAGACGAGAGAGGGCAGGAGGAAACCAGCCCUGCUUCGCUGAACCAGCUGACUCAGAGUUCUGCGUUAGAGCAGGAGGAUUUACUGGGAGGUAGUACACUUCCUCCCCCACUUUCUGGGCUCGAGCUUCCUCCACGAUGGCAUGACUUCCUCUCUGAAUUUGAUGAUUUUGACUCCAUGGUCCCCCAACGCAUGUCAGACUUAGAAGCUGAACUUCCUAAUCCCAUCAGCUAUGACGUAAGCCUUCAAGAUGCAAUGGUAACCGGAGGAGAUUCAGCUAAUAGCAGGCCUGCAUCUUCCCAAACACCCCUUUUCCGUCUGGAGUCCACAAACUCUUCUCACUCAGACCCGUCUCGAAGCUCAGCGGGCACACUUCCUUCGUCGCUCUUUUCUUUGUCUGGAAACAGCUCUCGUAAUGAAACCUCGCCUUCGCAGAUGGGAGGCUAUCUAGAUGAAGCCGUUUUUGACCACAUCAAUAUGCUGGAUCUGGAUAAUCUCGGUACGAUCGACCCUCAGAUGCUGGGCGGCAUGCAAGGGGACAUGGACACUCCGUGGCCUGAGGAUUCAGACUCUGGCCUGUCUUUGGAAAGCAGUUCAAGGAGCCCCGCAUCCCCGUCUACAUCAUCCGAUUCAUUUUGCGAAGAUGAAGGUGGAGCUACGGGCUAUAGCAGUGAAGUGGAGUCUCUUUCGUCGAAAGGCGGAGCUUGUGCGGCCGCUUACCGCGAUUGGUCACCUGUAAACCUCGUAGAAAACAUCUGGCACGAUCACACCUAUUCAACCCCACAGGCGCAAAAUUCCACGCCGUCUAACUGGUUCACAGCAAUCAAGCAGGAAGUGAUGAGCGAAGAUGAGGCUGAGCCGGAAGAGAUGAGUCGCGACGAACGACGCGUGCAGGCGUUGGGUCUCCCGUUUUCAGCCUUUCAGAUAGUCAACAUGCCUGUGGAAAACUUCCUGGAGCUGCUGGACAGCCAGAAUCUGUCAGGAUCAGAAGUCACGCUCUUGCGCGAUGUGCGCAGACGAGGUAAGAACAAGCUCGCCGCGCAGAAUUGCCGCAAGAGGAAGCUGGACGCGAUCCUGACCCUGCAGGGUGAGGUCGAGGACCUGUCGGUGCAGCGGGAUGCUCUCUUGCGCCAGAGAUCCCACACGGCCAAAGCACUUUCUGCUGCUGCAGAGCGGUUCGAGAUGCUUUCACGGACUGUGUUGAGCCAGCUCCGGGAUGAAUAUGGACAUCCUCUGAACCCUGAGCUCUACACGCUGCACUGCAGUGCUAACGGAAGGGUAAUGGUUCAGCCGCGCACAAACACAGCGAGAAGGACAAUGACAAGUAGCAAGACGGUGAAAAGAAAGAAGGACAAGAAACCCUAAAGACUUUUUGAGUGUGUGUGUGUGUGCGUGCGCAUGCGUGUUUGUGUUGAAAUAUUUCUAUGUUUUUUUGAAAGGUGAGUUUUUAUGCUUGAAGAUAUUAUGGGGCAUUUCUGGCUCUUUGUUCCUAUAAGCCAUUCGUAACUCAAAUGGAGGGCAGAAAACUGUAAUAAAUACUACACUUUGAGCCUGGGAGAAGCCUUGUUUAUUUGCAGAAUAGAAUGUACUGAAGACACUGGACGUUGUGUAUAGCAAGAGUGCAUAUAAAGAGUAUUUCUAAAGAGCACAAUUGAAAAUAUUUUUUUUUUAAACCGUUAAAUUAAAUGGUAAGUUACUAAGCAAAGAGUUUGUGCAUAUGGUCACUGGAGGAUUGUGUUAAAAAGUGCAUCGAGAGUUCUUGAGUUUAAAAUGGCGUUGUCUCACUCUCAUUUUGAAACCAAUUUUUUUUUGGGGGGGGAAACAAGCAAAUAUUUAUUAAAAAGGCCAUGUGAUGAAAAUGAGGGUGAGGAAUUUUUUUUUUAGUAAACUAGCGCUCUAAUAUGAGGAACCCCACAGAAAUGACCUUAAUUUAAACAAUUUGCAGGCUUUAGAAUUAAACAAUUUUGUGUUAAGCAGUUACCUUCAUAACCAUAUGUACAUUUUCCUCACCGCUGAGAAAUAAAAUCAUUUAUAAUAUGAUUUUGCAUCUAUGACAAACAGCCAUCACUCUUCUUUAUUACUGUCACUUAUAUUUGCAUUUUACAUUUAUGCACUUACUUAACAAGAACAAUUAUAAUGCAUUCUGGUAGCUUUUUUUAAUCAAGGGGUUACAGUUUGGAUUGCAGUUUGGUUUUCCUUUGGGCUGUUAUUUUGCAAAAAAAGUAAGUAUACCUUUAGAAGUGAUCAUCUUUGAAGUGAAUUCAUGUUAAAAACAACAAAUAAAGUGGAAGUAAAUAAAAAUGCAAUUGCUGAAUUUUGUUCUACCUCACAGCACAGUUCAUGAUUUGGGAAAGGCAAAUAUUGCAUUGGUGUAAUUACACACUAAUUUACCAAUUAAUUUGUCAAGUAAAAUGGGGCCCAACCUCUUGUUUAUUUCCAGAGUGGUUUGAUUUGUGUUUGUGAGUAGGAGCUGCUUUUAUUAUUUUUUUUACGUUUUUCUAUUAUGUGUGUUUUUGAGCAAUUAUUUGUGUGUGUGUGUGUGUGUGUGUAAGAGUUUGGAAUACAUUAAUUUUAAA